AUGGAAGGAUUCUUGCGUCUGAACGCUGUCGCCGCCGGUCUUGCACCAACGGGUGUCCCCGCGCUUUUCCGUUGGCUCAGCAAGAAGUAUCCAAAAAUUAUCCUACCCGUAGAAGAAGAAGACGAUAUCAAAGUCCCGGACGAGAAUGACCAAGAAGUUACAAUCCCGGUUAAUAUGGCCCAACCCAACCCUAAUGGCGUCGAGUUUGACAAUUUGUACCUUGACAUGAACGGAAUUCCUGCUCCUGAGACUGAGGAGGACAUGAUGGUGGAGGUCUUCAAGUACACUGAGCGGGUCGUCAAUAUGGUUAGACCGCGAAAGCUGCUGUUCAUGGCUAUUGAUGGUGUCGCUCCGCGUGCAAAGAUGAACCAGCAACGCUCGCGUCGUUUCCGCUCUGCCCAGGAGGCGAAGGAGAAAGAAGAGGCUCGUAAGGAGGCACUUGCUCUUUGGGAAGCCAUGGGCAAGAAGGUCUCGGACGAGGAGAAGACCAAGCAGGCUUGGGAUUCCAACGCCAUCACCCCAGGAACGCCUUUCAUGGACCUCCUUGCAGCGUCGCUGCGGUACUGGGUUGUUCAGAAGAUGAACACGGACCCAGGUUGGAAGAACAUCCAAGUCAUCAUUUCUGACGCAUCCGUAGCUGGAGAAGGAGAGCACAAGAUCAUGGAUUACAUUCGGAGACAACGAUCCAAUCCUGGUUACGACCCCAAUACGAAGCAUGUUAUUUAUGGCCUUGAUGCAGAUCUCAUUAUGUUGGCACUUGCAACCCACGAGCCCCAUUUCCGAGUACUGAGGGAAGAUGUGUUUGCCCAAGACAAGAGUACCGCUUGCAGAAUAUGUGGUCAGGAAGGCCAUUAUGCUGCACAGUGUACAGGAACGAAAGCCGAGAUUGAAAAGAAACCACCUCCACCCGAGAAAAAACCGUUCAUUUUUCUUGAUGUUGCCGUUUUGCGCGAAUAUCUUGAAGUCGAAUUGGACGUUCCAUCUUCGCCAUUCCGUUUCGAUCUCGAAAAAGCUAUCGAUGACUGGGUACUCUUGAUCUUCUUCGUCGGCAAUGAUUUCCUUCCACAUCUUCCCUCUCUUGAAAUUCGUGAAGGUGCCAUUGACACUCUGCUAAAGAUUUGGAAACAAGAGCUCCCUCGAAUGGGAGGGUACCUCUCUGACAACGGAACUCUCAACCUCGCUAGAGCCCAGAUUAUUCUUGAGGGUUUGGCUAAACGUGAAGACGAAAUCUUCCGCAGACGUCGUGAAGCUGAGGAACGACAAGCACAAAACGCUAAACGACGAAAACUUGAGCAAGCGCAUAGACAGGGUGGGACCGGUCCUGCUGCGUCCCUCAAGCUGACAGAGGCCCCAGCUCCACCUGCCUCUAACGACUUUGCUGCUCAAGCGAAUGCGCUCGGUUUGGGAGGGCCUGCACCCGCCCCAGCUCCAGCUCCCGAUUCGUCCGCCGCUAUCCAAGCCCUCGGAGGAUCGAACAGGGAUGUUGUGGCCAACCGUGCGGCGAUUCGAAUGGCGCAAAUGAACGCUGCGCAGGUUCUUAAAGCCGAGAUGGCUGCGUUGUCCCCUGUUCGUCCAUCGAAGAACAAGUUGUCGAAGCCAACUCCUGCACCUCAGGCUGAGCCCCCUCCACCAGCUACGCCUACUCCACCAGCCACAGCCACAGCUGUGCCUGUCGACGAAACGCCUGUUGUGGAUCCCGAGGGGUCGACUGAGGUGAAGCCUCCUGAAGACCUCGCGAAGGAUAUUACCGCGGAUAUCCCGCCCGAGGCUGACGAGCACGUUACACCUCAGAAGCGAAAGUAUGAAGAGGGACCCGGUUCGAAUACACCUGAUGAGGAUGUCGUGACUGUGGAGGAAAGCGAGGAAGAGGAGGGUCCAAAGCCAUUAAAGGUGAACCCAGACGGGACCGUUGAACAGGAGGAUACUGUCAAACUCUGGGAACCUGGAUACAAGGAGCGAUACUACAAACAGAAGUUCGGUGUCGAACCUCAUGACAUCGAGUUCAGGCACAAGGUCGCAGAGGCGUAUGUUCAGGGACUCGCUUGGGUCCUUCAGUACUAUUACCAAGGGACUCCGUCGUGGCAAUGGUACUAUCCGUACCACUUUGCGCCUUUUGCUGCCGACUUUGUCGAUGUUGAGAAGAUGGACAUCAAGUUCAACCUCGGUCAGCCUUUCAAGCCUUAUGAACAACUUAUGGGUGUCUUCCCCGCUGCCAGUCGAAAACACAUUCCUGCUGUCUUCCAAAAGUUUAUGGUCGACGAGGAUUCACCCAUCAUAGAUUUCUACCCGCCUACCUUUGAAAUCGACAUGAACGGCAAAAAGAUGGCAUGGCAAGGUGUGGCGCUUUUGCCGUUCAUUGACGAGACGAGGUUGUUGGACGCAAUGGCGUUGGAGUAUCCGAACCUGACGGAGGAUGAGGUGAAGAGGAAUCAACCAGGUCAUAACGUGCUUUUCGCAGCGGAUGAGCACCCUGUUUAUCCGUUUUAUGAGGCCCUUUACGGGAAGAAGAUGAAGAAGAAUGCGGACCCUGUAGCAAUUGAUACAGCUUUGAGCAAGGGUAUCAGUGGACAGGUUCUUCCCAACCCCGAUUGCCUGCCCGGUUCGACCUACUACUGUCCUUUGACCACUGUCGGGCUGCCAGACAUUCGAAACGACCGAUCCCUCUCUGUUCUGUACUUCUUCCCGCCCCAGCGCACACCACAUAAAUCAGCUAUGCUGCCUGGAGCGAGGAAGCCGCCUCGCGUGUUGAGUGCACAGGAUUUGGAGAGGACGAGAGGAGGUGGGAGGGGUCGUGGUGGCUGGCACAGUCAUAAUGAGUCUGGGAGGGGUGGUGGUCGGGGAGGCGGAGGAGGAUACGAGAGGAGGAAUGAUCCGUUCCAUUCGAGGGGGAAUAGCUAUAAUACGUAUGGAGGAGGCGGGGGAGGAGAUCAGUAUGGCGGUGGCAGGAAUGGUAAUUAUGGGGGGUAUGGUGGGUAUGGACGUGGUGGGGCGGGGGGAGGAGGGUAUGCGAAUGGCAACCAGCAGUAUCAGCAGGGUGGGUCGUAUAACCGCCCUCCACCGCAGAGCAACUAUGGAGGAGGCGGAUAUGGAGGUGGAGGUGGGUAUGGUAAUCAUGGGCCACCUCCAAGUCGGGGUGGAUAUGGCGGGCAUGGUCAGGGAUAUGGAGGGUACCAAGGUGGAGGCGGGCGUGGAGGUGGAGGUGGAGGUGGUAGGGGUGGGUACCAAGGCCCUCCGGGACGAGGAGGGUAUUCGGGUUAUAAUCAGCCUCCACCGCAGAGCUAUGGUGGAUAUGGUGGUGGCGGCGGUGGAUAUGGCGGAUACGGUGGUCCGCCGCAAAAUGCACCUCCACCUCCCCAGAAUUAUGGUGGUUAUGGAGGGUAUGGCGCCCCACCUCCUCCACAGCAGUAUAGUGGUUACCAUUCCAGUUCGUAUGGAGGUAAUCAGCGAGGACGGGGACGCGGUGGUUGGUAG